CCACAGUUUAAAGAUCAGAGAAAAGCACUUAGACUGGUUUCAUGGCUCCAGGAUGGAGGGGUUCCUGUCCGCGUUCCCACCAAACAGUGUCUGCGCCCCCACAGCUCAGGACCUGGUCCUGGGGAAGAGAGAGGGCCGCUUCAUCACCCCGCAGGGCGUCAAAUACCUGGAGCUUUGCAAGGCCAUCAUCUCCCAGGUCAACCCCAGUUUAGCCCCUCCACUGAAGAAGGCAAACACCAGAGAGUGCGGCGUGCAGGUGAACGCCAAGGUGGAUAAAAUCAUCCAGUGCUCACUGGGUCCCAAAACGCUGUUCUGGUCGGAGGAAGACCACCAUGUGUCCCCCAGGAGCCCGGACAGCAACGCGCCGUGCCGCACUCCGCCGGUGAGCAUCAUGCGCUUUCUGAGACCCGUCUCCAUCUACUCCCCGGUGUUUGACCGCAGGAUCCACGCGAGGAAACACGGCACUGAUGGAGGGAGUGAAGGAAAGGCUGAAGCUGAACAAGAAGCGUCUGAAGAGGAUGCUGAGAAUCAAGGCGGUGAGGACUCAGUGAAGGACUUCAAGAGGACUUUCCACCGCUCCUCCAAGAGGUCCAACUUCCAGUUCCUGGAGCAGAGGUAUGGAUUUUUCCACUGCAAAAAUUGCAACAUCCUGUGGGAGAGUGCUUAUGUGUGGUGCAUCUCUGGAACCAGUAAGGUGUACUACAAGCAGCUCUGCCGGAAGUGUCAAAUGGGGUUUAACCCCUACAGAGUGGAGUACAUCCUUUGCAAGGGUUGCUCUCAGACUCGUUGCAUCUGUGAGAAGAAGCAGAGGCACAUUAACAUGAAGAGGCCCCACCGCCAGGACCUGUGUUGUCGCUGCAAGGGCACGAAGUUGUCCUGCGACGCCACCUACAGCUUCAAAUAUAUAGUCUGAGCCGCCCCCACACAUUUACCCUGGUCUGGGAUCACCUGGUUACCUGUACAUGUCACAGAUGGAAGUGUCCUCUAGUAACAGACUUGAAGAUAUUAAUUUAUUCUCCUGCCAGUGAGUAGAUGAAUCUGUCAUGUCUUAUUUGAAGCAACUCCUCAGAGUCUGUCUGUGUGCCCGUUCAUUAACCCUGCUGUUGAACUAACCAUGAAAAACUAUUUUUGUAAGAAGAAAUAAAGUUCAUGAAAUCUCAAAA